AUGGCUUCCAGAGCCGCCGCCGGUCCUAGUGCUUUGAAAGCCGUUGGGCCACACAUGGCAACCACCACACUGGAUGUUCAGGGUAUGACAUGUGGAUCGUGUACGUCCGCAGUAGAAUCAGCCUUCCGAGGAGUUGACGGCGCUGGCGCAGUCACUGUCAGUCUCAUGACAAAUCGUGCCGUCGUGCACCACGAUCCGGAUAAGCUGCCGGCCGCGAAAGUCGCAGAAAUUAUCGAGGACCGUGGUUUCGACGCAACGAUCCUCACCACGGACACGCCGAAGCCUGCGCUCAACUUGUCCACUGAUGAUCUACUGAGCUCUGAAGACAAGACACCUGCGACUCUAGUAGAGACUACGAUCAACGUUGGAGGCAUGACCUGUGGCGCAUGCACGUCGGCGGUCGAGGCUGGCUUCAAAGAUGUGCCAGGAGUUGCUUCUAUGACCGUGUCCCUUAUGACGAACAGAGCGGUUGUACAGCACGAUCCCUCCAGGAUCUCGCCCGAGGCCGUCGCAGAGAUUAUCGAAGAUCGAGGAUUCGAUGCCGAAAUCAAAGAAACAAUAUCGUUAAACACACCGGCCGCGCUGGCAAUGUCGGGCAAGACCCAUGCGACCAUCACGACCGUGUCCAUUCAAGGCAUGACCUGCGGCGCAUGCACAUCAUCUGUCGAGGGCGCUUUUCGGGGUGUCGAUGGCUUGAUCCGCUUCAACAUCAGUCUCCUGGCAGAGCGAGCGGUUAUUACACACGACGCCGCUUUGUUGACUUCUGACAAGAUCGUGGAACUCAUUGACGAUGCCGGCUUUGAUGCAAGUGUUGUGUCAAGUCAGCCCGAAGGCGUCAUGGCCGAGUCAGGCUUAUCGUCUGUGCAACUCAAGAUCUAUGGCAUUUUCAACAGCGGUGAUGCAACCAAUCUAGAGCAGCAAAUCCGAUCAAAAGAAGGCAUAAAGGGGUUUAUAAUCAGUCUGGCCUCAUCGCGGGCUACUGUCACGUACGACGGCGCCAUUCUUGGACUGCGCUCAAUAGUUCAAGCCGUGGAAGAUGCUGGUUAUAACGCCCUGCUAGCUGACACAGAUGACACCAAUGCACAGCUGGAGUCAUUGGCGAAGACGCGAGAAAUCCAAGAAUGGAAGAGGGCGUUCUUCACAUGUUUUGGUUUCGCGGUGCCUGUGCUAUGCAUCAGCAUGAUAUUUCCUAUGUUUGUCAAAAUCCUCGAUUUUGGUUCGAUCGAAAUUAUACCCGGCCUGUUCCUGGGCGAUAUCGUUUGCUUUGGUCUAACUUUGCCUGUCCAAUUUGGUGUUGGAAAGCGCUUCUACAGAUCAGCCUGGAAGAGUCUGCAGCAUAACGCUCCUACGAUGGACGUUUUGGUCGUGCUAGGCACAUCUGCAGCGUUCUUCUUCAGUUGCUUCGCCGUCAUCAUUGCAGUAUUGAUGAAGCCUCACAACAAGCCUGGCACGGUCUUCGACACCAGUACGAUGCUAUUCACUUUCAUCACUCUGGGUCGAUGGCUGGAAAACCGUGCGAAAGGGCAGACCUCGAAGGCGUUGUCAAACUUGAUGUCUCUGGCGCCAAGCAUGGCAACGAUUUACGAGGAUCCUCUUUACGCAGAAAAGUUGGCGGAAGAAUGGGAAUCACCUUCAUCGCCUAUCCUGGAGAAGACACCGAAGAUGCUCAACGAGAGUUCUCAGGCAACUGCGGAUGCGGCCGUCGAGAAGAACAUCCCCACCGAACUGAUCGAGGUCGGCGACGUUGUGAUUCUACGACCGGGCGACAGAAUCCCAGCUGACGGGACUGUGAUCCGUGGUGACAGCUACGUAGACGAGAGCAUGGUCACCGGAGAAGCAAUGCCUUUACAAAAGAAGAAGGGCAGCGCACUCAUGGGCAGCCAAAUCGUCAACCUCGUGCAGGCUGCCCAGACCAGCCGAGCUCCUAUUCAGCGCUUGGCGGAUCUCGUGGCCGGCUACUUCGUGCCAGUCAUCAUCAUUCUGGGUCUCGCGACCUUCGCAGUCUGGUUCGUUCUCAGUCAUAUGCUCAAGCAUCCUCCGAAGAUCUUCUCCGAGGCACAGAGUGGUGGGAAAUUCAUGGUUUGCCUCAAGCUGUGUAUCUCGGUCAUCGUGUUCGCGUGUCCGUGCGCACUUGGCCUCGCAACACCAACGGCUGUCAUGGUUGGUACCGGCACUGCAUCGCAGCAGGGCAUUCUUGUGAAGGGUGGCGCUGCUCUGGAGAUGGCCACUUCUAUCACACAUAUCGUCUUUGACAAGACGGGUACCUUGACAUUCGGGAAGUUGACUGUUGCUGAUGUGCAAACUGUGUCUCAGUGGUCCUCUGGGAAUAGUCGCACAUUGUGGUGGGCACUUGUUGGUCUUGCUGAGUCUGGCUCAGAGCACCCGAUUGGGCGAUCUAUCCUCGCUCGAGCACGAGAGGAGCUGUCGAUAGGGCCCGAGGAUCCGUUGCCUGGGCAGCUCGGUGACUUUGAAGUCAAGGUCGGCCAGGGAGUUUCGGCAAUUAUUGCUACUGGACAGAUGAGUGAGCGCUACAAGGUGCUUGUCGGCAAUGAAAAGUUCAUGAGCCGGAACGAUAUCAAGAUCGCUGAUUCUGUCUCGCAGAAGAGCAACGGCGCAGCCGGUAUAACCAACAUUUUUGUCGCAAUAGACGGAAAGUACGCUGGUAGGCUCGCACUCUCGGACAUACUGAAGCUCACAUCAGCAGCGGCUGUCACUGCUUUGCACAAGAUGGGAAUCAGCACCUCUCUCGUGACAGGCGACACUUACGACACGGCAGUUGGCAUUGCCAGACUGGUCGGCAUACCCUCAGAUGCUGUAAAGGCCUCUGUGUCGCCAUCCGAGAAGCAGCAGAUCAUCGCUGAUCUGCAAGCACAAGGCGAAGUUGUCGCGAUGGUGGGAGAUGGUAUCAAUGAUUCUCCCGCCCUAGCGACCUCAGACAUUGGCGUUGGUCUGGUCAGUGGCAGCGAUAUCGCCGUUGAAGCCGCUGACAUUGUCAUCAUGCGAUCCGACGACAUGCUCAACAUUCCUGCCUCGUUCUGGCUUUGCCGCAUAUUCUUCCGCCGCAUUAAGUACAACCUUCUCUGGGCUUGUGCUUACAACGUCAUUGGCUUGCCGUUUGCUAUGGGCGUGUUCCUGCCCUUUGGCUAUCAUAUGCCACCCUUGCUUUCAGCGACAGCUAUGAUGUUCUCUUCGAUCUCCGUUACGUUGUCAAGUCUUGCACUGCGAUGGUCCAGCAAGCCCAAAUGGAUGACGGUGGAGAGACUCGAAGCAGAGGCUGGGCAUGUUGCAAUUCCAUUGAUAGGUGUUGCAAGGAAACAAUCAGCAUUGGAGGUGCUGCAAUCCAGCGUUAUGAGCAUUUUCGACCCCACGAAGCGGAAUGGUGGAAAAGGAGCCUACGUUCCUUUGAGAGAGGUCGAUGCUGUUUAG